GAGAUGCUGAUGUUGGUAUUGUAGCGGUGCACAAUGCACAUUGACACAAUGUAUCGCAAGCAAGUGUUGAAUAUCGCUGUAUCUCAUUAGUAUCAUACGGAACAAUUGCUGUUUAUAUUGCUAAUAAAUGCACCAAAGCCUGACACAGAAGUCCACUCUAGAACAGUAAAUUACAAUUGGAUUUUAGCUUGUUGUUAAGUAGUUGGAUUCGGCAAAUCGAGGUUUAUUUUCCCAUGCGGGUGGGUUCAAGUGGCCUGGUUUUAGAGGAUGAAUCGGCAUGCAGGAGGAACGUAUUGUCGUUGUCCAGUUUCACAAAGCAUGUCCAGGUCCAGGCUGGUUUUUUUGGUGGUCUUAAUUUUGCAGACGCAUGCUCUAUUCGUUAACGCUUCCGGUGAGGUUGCGCCGGCACUGAACGCCCACCCGAAGACCGCCCGCAUCCACAAGGCGGACCCCAAAGACCUGCGCUGCAUCUGCGGCGAGACGAGCAUCUUCUGCUGCUUACUGGCCAACAGCGCCGUGGACAGCAGCAACGGUAACCGCAAGAUCCCCAAACUGCCCAAACCCACCGCUAAACCAGCUAAACCACAGUCUUCCUUACAAUUAGACGCCGACGCCGAUCUCCUGCUGCCGGCCCGGACGCCCUGGGCUUUUAUGGGCUGCCAGCUGGAUGCCUGCCGGGACAGGGCCGGUGUCUUGCCGCAUACGACCAGCUGCGUCCAUUUUAUCAAUUGCUGGAAUUCCUGCGGAUGGCUGCAGAUAUGCCCACCACCCUUGGUGUUUGACGAGAAAAGCCGCUCCUGCGAAUGGCCGUCACGACUGCAGAAAGACGACCCCUGUUACGCCGCCAGUGCUCUACAAAUAGACGGGAAGAAACUGCGCCGUCAUCCUGCCAGUUGAUUGUCAAUGAUAGUCACUAGCAAAGUAGUGUACAUUAUCACAAAAACGAGUUAAUUGUGUUUUAUAUAGUUUAUUUCGGGUACACCCAGCUGCCAAUGUACGCUGUGUGCAUAGGUAUCUCGAAGGUUGCCGUACAUUGUCAUUUUCACGGCAGCGUUUUGUUGUUCCGCCGGUUUUCUUAACCGAUAUUAAAUAUACCCGCUGAAUGCGGUUGUCUGUUAAUAAUACCGGCUGAUUGUGCAAAUUCCCGGCAUCAGCAUGAACGCUAC